GGGCGGGCCCCGCGCGCGGUCACCUGACUGUCGGCAGCUGCCGGAAAUCUCGCGCCUCCGAGAGAAAGAGGGAGGGGGCCGGGGAAAAGAUGGCGGCGGAAAGGGAGCCCCCUCCUCUCGGCGACGGCAGGCAGACCGACUUCGAGGAGCUGGAAGACGGCGAGGACCUGUUUACCAGCACCGUCUCCACCCUGGAGUCGAGCCCAUCAUCUCCAGAACCAGCCAGUCUUCCUGCUGAAGACAUCAGUACAAAUUCUAAUGGUCCUAAGCCUGCUGAAAUCAUACUAGAUGAUGACAGGGAAGACCUUUUCGCAGAGGCCACAGAAGAGGUUUCUUUGGACAGUCCAGAAAGGGAACCAAUACUUUCAUCAGACUCUACUCCGGCUGUCACUCCUGUUACACCGACUACACUAAUAGCACCCAGAAUGGAGACAAAAAUUGUAGUGGCCCCUGUGGAUUUUGAUAGAUCCAGAGAAGAGAUUGAAGAAGAAGCAAAUGGGGACCUGUUUGAUAUUGAUAUUAACGUGUCAGAUCCAGAGAAAGUUGGUGAUGGCAUGAAUGCUUACAUGGCUUAUAGAGUAACAACAAAGACAUCUUUGUCUAUGUUUCACCAAAACGAAUUCUCUGUAAAAAGAAGAUUCAGUGACUUUCUAGGCUUACACAGCAAAUUAGCAUCCAAAUAUCUGCAUAUUGGAUACAUUGUGCCUCCAGCUCCAGAAAAAAGUAUUGUAGGCAUGACCAAGGUGAAAGUAGGCAAGGAAGAUUCUUCAUCUACAGAAUUUGUAGAGAAAAGAAGAGCAGCAUUAGAAAGGUAUCUACAACGAACAGUAAAACACCCAACCUUGUUACAGGAUCCUGAUUUAAGGCAGUUCUUGGAAAAUUCUGAGCUGCCGAGAGCAGUUAGCACCCAGGCUCUGAGUGGAGCAGGAAUAUUGAGGAUGGUAAACAAGGCUGCCGACGCUGUCAACAAAAUGACGAUCAAGAUGAAUGAAUCGGAUGCAUGGUUUGAGGAAAAACAGCAACAAUUUGAAAAUCUUGAUCAGCAACUUCGGAAACUUCAUGGUAGUGUAGAAGCCUUGGUUUGUCACAGAAAAGAGCUUUCAGCCAACACAGCUGCCUUUGCUAAAAGUGCUGCAAUGUUAGGGAACUCAGAAGACCACACUGCUUUAUCAAGAGCUUUGUCUCAGCUUGCUGAAGUUGAGGAAAAGAUAGAUCAGUUACAUCAAGAACAAGCGUUUGCUGACUUCUAUGUGUUCUCUGAGCUGCUCAGUGAUUAUAUUCGCCUUAUUGGUGCAGUAAAAAGUGUAUUUGAUCAUCGAAUGAAAUGUUGGCAGAAAUGGCAAGAUGCUCAGGUUAUGUUACAGAAAAAACGAGAAGCCGAAGCUAAACUUCAGCUUGCCAAUAAACCUGACAAAUUACAGCAGGCUAAGGAUGAAAUCAAAGAGGAAAUCGAAGAGUGGGAAACAAAAGUUCAGCAAGGAGAGAAGGAUUUUGAACAGAUCUCCAAAACAAUACGAAAAGAAGUAGGGAGAUUUGAGAAGGACCGUGUGAGAGACUUCAAAACUGUUAUAAUCAAGUAUUUGGAAUCAUUAGUGCAAACACAACAGCAGCUGAUAAAAUACUGGGAGGCAUUCCUACCUGAAGCCAAAGCCAUUGCCUAGAAAGAAGACUUUCAAAUACGAAGAGACUCUGGAUGUGUGUCCCAGUCGAGCUAAAUUCCACAGUGAAAUCACUUUAAAAUCAUCCAAAUAAACCACUAUAUAUUUUAUGAAUUUAACAUGUGGCUUUUUAUAUACUACAGCAUUUUAUUAACAGCUGCAUGUCAUGACCCUUUUUGAAGUGGACUGUGGCAUGACAUUCUGCAAUACUUGCUGAAUUGAACACUAUUUGUGUCUUAAUAUUUGCACUAAAAUGUGCGAUGCAAGGCCAGAAAGUUAUUUUUGUUCUUUACAAUAUGUUCUGUCUACUUGAUCUUUAUGAAACAAAUUGCAUUUAUUAAUGUUCACAUACACAUUCCUAUACAUAAUCAAGAUUUUGUGAUUACAGUAAUAAAGGGAUGUACCUUGUGAAACAUUAA